AUGACUCAAACGAUCUCCCCUUCUGUCAUAAGUUACACAAAAGAGGAUUCGAAUGGUUAUGGAGAUAGCGAAUGUGUUGAUGUUGCUUGUCACGAUUACCAUAUGCCUAAGGAAGUCGAAUCAUUUGAUUCCAUUAUGAAGAAGGCUGGCUUCAAUGUAGCAGGUAAUGGUAAUAUUGGCAAUGGGAAAUUUCAUCAAGCCGCUAAGAGGAAGGUUCCUUUAUUUUCUGAAAGUAAAGUGAAACCUCUAAGCUCUGAAGAAGGUAUUAGGCUAAUGGCUUCCCAAAGCAAAAGAAGACCUUCUUUUGGCAACUUUCAGAGGUAUCCUUUGGUAGCCAGAGCUGUGGCGAAAUCACCACUGGCUAAGAAGAAGGUGAGUAAUGCAGCUGCGGUAAGACUAAGAGCAAAUGCUUCUAAACCAAAUCAACACAGAGAUGAAAGCUGGUCAAAUAAACUUGGAGUCAUCCCCCGGGUUAUACAACAAAACCGGAUUACCAAAGAUCUUAGCCCACGGGAGAAAGUUCUCAAGGUGUUGCGUCUUUUCAGACUUGUGCAUGAUGAGUUUGAUCGUGACAGGGUACCACGACGAGGUGAAUCAAAAACUGCAGCGAGCAGGGCACAUCUCAGGACUCGGAAGGUUCUCAUGGAAAGGGGGAUGCAACUGAACGAGAAAAAGAUGAUUGGACCAGUCCCUGGAAUCGAGGUUGGAGAUGAGUAUCAAUUCAAAGCAGAGCUCAACAUAAUAGGUCUUCACUUUAACAUGAGGGGUGGGAUUGAUUACAUGGAGGAAGGGAACAAGAAACUAGCUACGAGCAUUGUUUCAUCGGAAGGUAGUGGUUACACCGAUAGUUGUGGUUCUGAUGUGAUGUUUUACUGUGGUGAAGGAGGUCACAAGGGUGUUAAAGUAAUCAAAGAUCAGAAGCUUGUUGCGGGAAACUUGGCUUUAGCUAAUAGCAUGGAGAUAAAGACUCCAGUGCGAGUGAUACUUGGCAAAGAGAGAUUGGACCAUAGAGGAAAGGAUUAUGUGUAUGAUGGUCUAGACAUGGUUGACAAGUACUGGACAGAGAAAGGACCUCACGGUAACAUCAUGUACAAGUUUAAGCUUAGUAGAGUUGCUGGUCAACAUUCUCUUGACUUUUCAAAGGGUUAGUGCGAG